AUGCGAUCAGCGUGGACAGGACGAGUCCUGACCGGAUUCAGUGUCUUGCUAUCCUUGGCUGCGUUAACAAUCACACUUGUUCUGAUCGUCAUGAUCAAGUCAAGAUGGCACGAGGUCUCUACCACCUCGUCCAAAGUCGCUGUCACCAACUGGAACGGGCACGUUGCCGCUCACAUAGCGGUUUGGUCGAUUUCCUGCUUUAGUCAGUUCGCAUUGUACUCUCUGUGUUUCUUGAUCCGGCACACUCCGGAGGCUCAGGCAGUCUCCGGCUCUGGUCCCCGAGACUCAGUCAUGUCAGAGUUCCCAAACAGACGUACAAGCAGAGAUAUGUUCGGGAUAGAAGCAACGCGACCAUCAUCACCGCUUGCAGGACUCCCUUCUCCAACGUUCUCUCAUCGGUCUUCAAAAUCGCUCAACUCUUUCCGGGAAUCAAUUCGCCAUGUUGUGCGCCCCGCCACGUCACGCACAACUUUGAUCAGCCGUCCUUCUUUCUCACGGAGUGUCUACUCCGACAACCAAUCCUGCCAUAGUGUCGCCCACCCUGAUGGCUUCGACAGCUGGGACACCAGCAGCGUGAGCCCUUGUGCUCGCGAUGCAGUGAUGCAAUUCACACCGUCUUUAGCCACAACACUUGAAACCAUUCCUGGCAGUCGACCAGCCACACCGGCUCGCGUCCUGGACAGUCCUCUCCUUUCUGACCUUCCCGAAGCCGAUGAGGACCUGGUUCCUCCCCCCAAAAUGAUGCCCGACACAUCGCGCCCACCAAGUCCCAGUCUCGGCAAUGAAGGACACAUCCACCCUUUGUUCAGGAGCGAGAGUCCCACCCCAGCUCCUUCCGCUACGCCCGGGACGAGUAUACUUGCGAGUCCCUUGGCUAACCAGGCGAUCGUUGCCCCUUCUCGCUCGUAUUCUCGAAUGCGGUCGAACAGUCGCACAGCGACCUCAAGUCCGCUGGUUCCUGCGCGAAGUAUUCGCGACCGGCGCGCAAACAGCAUGCGCUCGCUUUCGAGGAGUCCCUCGCCGCCGAGCCGAGAGAUGACUCCCCCAAUUCCAGAUUUUGUUCUCAACUCCUCGCCGAGGAGUAGUUGGAGUGGAUCGCGGAGAAUGCAACUCCAGUUCUCUCCAGAUCGGUGA